AUGGAAGAGGGAAAUGGCAACAGGCGUUCUGUGCGACAAGAAAGUCCCUGUUUGAAUGAAGUGGAAGAUAUAAAGGGCGGUUGUGCGUCCAGUUGCCCUUUACGGAUGCGAGUGUUGGCCGGCGACGAAAGCCUUGGAAAGGGUGUUGCACGCUAUGGAGAUGCGGAUGUGCUGUUUGAGGUGGACGUUAGGCGUAAGGCCGCGCGGCAGGCCAAGGAUUCGCUGGUUGGACCAGGUGAAGCUGGAUAUGAUAGAUGCGCGUUUGUGUACGGCUGA